CUUUUUAGAAGAUUACAAGGUCACGUACAUUUCAGAGACUAACAAGACAUUUCAAGAUGGAUGUAUUCUGUGCAUGCACGAAAACCAGGACAAAAAGACGGACGCGCUUGCUUUGAAAAUGACGUCGUGUAUUUCCCUUUGGAUAUUCCGUUCAUCGUUGGGACGCGGGGAGCAUGGAGUCGACGUCGAGCUGUCAGCUGUCCGACUUUGUGGACGAAAAGACGAGCUGGACCGGACGGCAAGUCCGGCGGCUGCUCCGGGAGGCGCUCCUGAUGCAUCGCGCGGACGUGGACCGGGUGCGCUUGUUCUGGGCCGACGAGUUCGGCCAGCUGCAGCGGGCCCGGGACGAGGCCACGGCGGCGGCGCUGAAAGCGGCGGACGACGAGUGGCGCCGGCUGUGGGCGCGGCGCGAAGACGACAUUUCCCGGGACCUCCUGACCAUGAGGGAAAGCGUACGGCUCCACGUGGAGAACCACUGGGACAACAUGGAGUGGCAUCUGGACCGAACCGUGGACGAGUGCGACGAGGAACUGAGCGGCGUCAAGGCCGCCAUGGAGCAGAAGGUUGAGGAGAAGGAGAAGCAGCUGACCCAGCUGCAGGAGAUCCACGCCAGCGUGGCGGCCAGCCUGGAGGAGAAGGAGGAGCAGAUGAGCCAAGUCAAAGACUUCCUGCUCCUCCUCAAGUCCGGCCUGGAGGAGAAGGAGGAGCAGAAGCUCCGGCUGACGCGGCUCCUGCGCUCCGUCUCCUGCCAGCUCCAGCGGGAGCGGCUGGAGAGCGCGCGGUGGAAGCGGCGCGCCGACGAGCUCGGCGAGCGUCUGGAGGCCGGCGCCCGGGCCAGGGAGGAGGCGCUCAGGCGCCACGAGCGCCUCCUCAAACGCGUCAACAACGUCAAGGGCCUCGUCAAAGGCUUCGUGGGACAGAACGCCCGCUUUAUGAAAUCCCUAAAGAGUGACGACACAAGUGACAAAGACCAGAAGAAGAGCGAGACCAACAAAGAGGGGAAGAGACGGAGUGAAGGAGAGAAAGACGACGACGACGACGACGACGGAGAGAAAGAAAGGAGACAGAAGAAGAAGAGUGAGGCCAAGGAAAAGAAGGAGCAAGAAAAGAGAGUCAAGAAGGAAAAGAAGGAGCAAGACAAGAAAGAGAAGAAGGAAAGGAAGGAGCGGCAGAGGAAAGACAGAGAAAGUAAUUGGGGCGCUGGAAUAGGACAUUGCCCGCUUUGAGCUCAAGCGGGCCGGCUUCGUUCGUUCGUUCGUUCGUUGGAAAAUAUUCACUCUUAACUGUUGCAAAAGUUGUUUCCAAUCAAUCUGAAAUGUCUUAACAAAAUGAAGGACAUUUCAACAGCAUUAUGAACGGUGAAUUCCACGUCACGAGAUGACAUCAUUGAAUUACAAAAUGGACGAAUGAAUUGUAAUCCAUUACAUUACUGGGAGAGAAUGUGUUAGUCAAUUAAGAUUUCCACCGUUACAUUUUUUUUUUCUUUCUACAGCCGACGCUUGUGAUUGGCUAUUUCUGGUCACGUGCCAUUUUGCCAAAAGUCUCACGACCUACUUCUCCAAAUUCGACCUCGACGUGGGCCAAUCUGGCAGUUCGUCUUCGACCUCUGCAGCAGUUCCACUUUUUGGAGCAUUCGCUUAUGUGGCGCUCAUAUGAUGCCAUAUUGUCUACAUUGUGCACGUUUGUCCUUAGUAGGCCAACAUGCUGUACACGUAAAAUGCAACAAACGCAUUUCCUGUGUGCUUAAUUCCCAAAUGUUAUUUUUUUGUUUUUUGGAGGAAACACCCGUUGACGCAAUCAUUCAAAAUCGAGUCAUCCAAUGAAUGAAUUCGAUUACUUUGAGAAAGUUACAUUUUCAACAGGCUAACUCGGGUAAAUUCCAUUUCCGAAGUCUUAGCAGUGGUUUCAUUGACACACGUGCAACUUGCAGGUCAAAGGGCAUCUAUGGACUAUAUAUGUACUUUUUGUAGCUUUUCCAAAACAACUCACAAUCCAGAACUCCUUUUGAAUUGACGCCAAUUCCCUCAUUCAUCUGGGAAUCUUGAAAGUUUUGUCUAAAAGUUGAGCUUUAAGGAAUUUACGUCCGAAUGAGGUGAAGGGUGUAUGUUGUGUCAACUCGCAAUCGAUUCACAAGACGCGUUCAGAUGGACUCCAGAUUUGCAGCGGGCAACCGCAUGGCCCAAAAUCUCAAUUUAUUGAGCAAAUGGACAGGCCGCCGCCUUCCUAACCUGCAGGGGGCGAUCACGCGCAAAAGCGCGCCCACAUUCACCUGCGGCAUCAACGUUCGGAUGCCUCGCCUGCUGCUGGAAACCAAGUCGCGACGACCGAUGAAUUGCAAGACGCAACCGGCAAGAAGAAGAAAGGGCAAGUUGGAAGGCGGAUGUGGUGUUCGCCGUGACUGCGGCGCGUCACUCGGGAAGUCAAAUAAAGGCAAAUCAAGUCGGAUGAUGGAAGAUGAUGCACGUCACCGAAACUAUUAUGUUACUUUCACCAAUCGUUCGAGAGCCAAGAUGAAUUUGGAAUGACUUGAUUUUGAACGGCUGGCCGAAUCUUUUUCAAGUCGACUAUCCUAGCGACGAGUCCAGCGAGUAAUCCCGCCCGCCCCAAAAAUGUUUUUGUUUCGUUUUUGCUACCACCAAAUUGCAUUUUCUUCUAUCCUUAAACUGCAAACUGCAUGUGUCGGUAUUUCCCAUUUGGGACAAAAUUAGCCAAUGCCUAACGGUUAGCGCACUAGCUAGGUGACGCACACGCCGCGUUAUGUGUACGCGAGACGUGUUACGCUGUCUUCAAAAUCCCUUGCAGGUGCUACAGAAAAUGAAUGGAUGAGAAUUAUGUUUAUUUUCUGGUUCAAAUCAACUAUUUUCCAUCCAAAUGCGGCCCUCGAGCCCCCUUGUUCGGCAACGUUGAUGUUCCCGUGGAGUCCCACCAGGCUCUGAUUACAGCACCUUCAAGUUUUCAAGUCAGUGACAAGACACAAGUCAACUUUUUCUUGUGACUAAUUUAUUGGUAUAUUUGUUGAAAUUGCUGUCAGGGUGUCCAGGGUGUCCGUGUGCCCCAUUUUCAUUGGUUUGAGACUUCAAAUGAAACAACAGCCCGUUACCCUUUGGGGCCUGAAAUAGCGGAUCCGAGUGUCAAGACUCACAAUGAGUCGGCGUCAUACAUCAUAAUGGAGCGAUAUGUAAUCAUGUUAAGAAACAUACUGUACAUAAUCAUGUAAAUAACUAUGUAAUAUACAUAAUCGUGUCAGUGAUAUCAUUGAAAUAUACAUAUGUAAUUAUACAUGAUAGCUAAAUAUAAUAAUGACAAAAGUA